AUGCUUAUUUGGAAGCGUAAGUUCAGGCUUGUGCUGUUUGUAGCGCUGGGAGUGGCAAUCGUGUCCUGCUUUGUGAGAGCAGUGGUGCAGUUUCAGUUAAAUAAAGAGAUCAAGUACUUCAAGAGAUACUUUGAGCAGAAGAAAGAGCAUUUGGAGGCUCUGUACAAUCCGCUGGCCAUUAAACAGAUCCCAGAAGAGACGAUAGACUUGAUGUACAACUUAAGGCUCGCGGGGAAGAAAGGGCCGAUCGACUGGUCUAGUUAUGCGUAUGUUAACUACGCCACGGAUGCCAACUAUCUGUGCAAUACGCUGAUAAUGUUCGAUGCGUUGCGCAAGUUCGGCACGAAAGCCAAGUUGCUGUUGUUGAUAUCCAGGGAGCUGGUCGAGUCGGAAGGCUCGCCAGACUCGCAGCAGGUCAACAAGAUGCUAGAUCAGAUGAAGCGCGACGGCGGCGGACAAGUUGUGAUAAAAUACGUGGAUAAUAUCGUCAAACCUGCCGACUCUUCGCAAUGGAGUCAGAGUAUGACUAAGUUGCUAGUGUUCAACCAGACCGAGUACGAGCGAGUCAUUUUUCUGGAUAAUGACGCUACUCUGAACGACAAGCUAGACGAGCUGUUCUUUAUCCCUGAUUACAUUCAGUUUGCAGCUCCCGUCUCCUACUGGUUUCUGUCAGAAGGGGACUUGGCUGAGGCGUACCGGGAGGUGAGAGAUUACGAGAAGCUGCCCGUUAAUUUGGCCAGAUACACCGAUAAGCUACAUGACCGUAUUAAAAAGGGCAAAAUGAUUUACAAUCACUUGCCGAGCUUGCCCCCAAAUCUGUAUUUGAACACGGAGAAUGUGGCACAGGACCUAAUCCGGUCGAAGUUUUCGCUGGCGUCAUUGUUCGACCACCACGCAUCGGAUAAGUCCACCAAAGUGAAACUUGCCUCCUAUGUUAUGGUGAUAAAACCAUCCGCAGAGGCUUUCUCAUCGAUAAUGAAGUCAUCUGUACCCAUUUUCUUGAAAAAGAAGGGCAAGUACGACGGCGAUGUGAUCAACGAUGACCUCUUCAAUUUGAGAAAAGUGCUUCACACUCAGUUCAAGACCUUCCGUCGGUUGCGGUCGCAUUUUGUGCCUAGCGUGCUAGUAUUGCCGUACGCUAGAUAUGGGCUUCUCACUGGAUCAAUCAGGGAUGAGAGCCAACACGUACUGCUGAGGAACGACGUUCUAGGCUGUCAGAGGUUAGACACCAGUGGAAAAGAGAUUGAAAAAGACAUAGCUGCGAUAACGAGGAAUGCCAAGUACGUUCAUUUCUCCGAUUAUCCCCUCGCCAAGCCUUGGCAGUAUCAGUCGGUGGAUGAAAUCAAGUGCAAAGUUGACGAGACACAUUCCAAGGACAUCGACAGUGGCAAGAAACUUUGCCACCUGUGGAAUGAUCUGUACAGCACUUACCUCAACAGCAGAGGCCUAUGCACAGCAUGA